AUGAAUCAGGUCACAAUUCAAUGGGAUGUGGUAAUUGCUUUUUACAUAUUCUUCAACUGGUGUCAUGGAGGAAUUACAAAUAUAAACUGCUCUGGCCACAUCUGGGUAGAACCAGCCACAAUUUUUAAGAUGGGUAUGAAUAUCUCUAUAUACUGUCAAGCAGCAAUUAAGAACUGCCAACCAAGGAAACUUUAUUUUUAUAAAAAUGGCAUUAAAGAAAGAUUUCAAAUCACAAGAAUUAAUAAAACGACAGCUCGGCUUUGGUAUAACAACUUUCUGGAGCCACAUGCCUCUAUGUACUGCACUGCUGAAUGUCCUGGAUAUUUUCAAGAGACACUGAUAUGUGGAAAAGACAUUUCUUCUGGAUAUCCACCAGAUGUUCCUGACAAGGUAACCUGUGUCAUUUAUGAAUACUCAGGCAACAUGACUUGUACCUGGAAUUCCGGGAAGCCCACCUACAUAGGCACAAAGUAUGUGGUGUAUGUGAAGAGUUUAGAGACAGAAGAAGAGCAACAAUAUCUUUCUUCAAGUUAUAUUAACAUCUCCACUGAUUCAUUGCAAGGUGGCAAGAAAUAUUUGGUUUGGGUCCAAGCUGCAAAUGCACUGGGCACGGAGAAGUCAAAACAACUGCAAAUUAAUCUGGAUGAUAUAGUGAUACCUUCUGCAUCCAUCAUUUCCAGGGCUGAGGAUAUAAAUACUACAGUGCCUAAGACUGUAAUUCACUGGCAUAGUCAAACAAAAAUUGAAAAGGUUUCCUGUGAAAUGAGAUACAGGACUACAACAAACCAAACUUGGAAGGUUAAAGAAUUUGACACCAAUUUUACAUAUGAGCAACAGUCAGAGUUCUCCUUGGAGUCAAAUAUUAAUUAUAUAUUUCAAGUGAGAUGCCAAGAAACAGGUAAAAAGUAUUGGCAGCCCUGGAGUUCACCCUUUUCUCAUAAAACAGCUGAAACAGUUCCCCAGGUCACACAGAAAUCAUUCCAACAUGAUACUCAGAAUUCUGGGCAUCUAAUUACGUCCAUCUUUAAAGGACACCUUACUUCUGACAACAGGCAACAAGACAUUGGACUUUUAUCAGGAAUGGUCUUCUUUGCUGUUAUGUUGUCAAUUCUUUCUUUGAUUGGGAUAUUUAACAAAUCACUCCGAACUGGAAUUAAAAGAAGAAUCUUAUUGCUAAUACCAAAGUGGCUUCAUGAAGAUAUUCCUAAUAUGGAAAACAGUAAUGUUGUAAAAAUGCUACAGGAAAAAAGUGAAUUUAUGAAUAAUAAUUCCAGCGAGCAGGUCCUAUAUGUUGAUCCAGUGAUUACAGAGAUAGAAAUCUUUCUCCCAGAAGAAAACAAGCCCACAGACUACAAGACAGAAAAGAAUACGGGAUCCCUGGAGACAAGAGACUGCCUGCAGAAGUCACUACUCACCAACACUACAGUUGUGUAUAUUCCUGGUCUCAGCACUGGGUAUAAACCCCAGAUUGCAAAUUUUCUCACUGGAGGAAACCAUCUCAGCAAAAAUGAUGACACAUGUUCCUCAACUCUCAAACCACCGGCUGAUACCUCAGACCUGGGGGAAAAUGCCAGGUUUAAAAGAUACCCUAAUUUUGCUUUUUCUGUCUCAAGUAGGAAUUCGCUAAGCAACACACUAUUUCUUGAAGAAUUAAGCCUCAUUUUAAAUCAAGGAGAAUGCAGUCCUCUGGACAUACAAAACUCAGUUGAGGGAGAAACUGCCAUGCUUUUGGAAAAUGCUUCACCCAAUGAAACUAUUCCAGAACAGACCCUGUUGCCCGAUGAAUUUGUUUCCUGUUUGGGGGUCCUGAAUGAGGAGUUCCCAUCUAUUAAUUCUUAUUUUCCACAAAAUAUUUUGGAAAACCACUUCAAUACGAUUUCACUCUUGGAAAAAUAG